UCUUUUCAUCAUUAAUGAAGGAAAAGAAGAAGACGAAGACACCACUCCAGUCGCAUGGUUUAGCUUUAGCGCAAUAUGCUUUUAGAUGUUUUCUGGCGUUUUUAUGUCCUAUUAUUAAUUAGGUUAUAGCAGAAAUGUUGAGUGUGGACGCUUUGCAAGUAGCAGAGGAGGAGGUGGUCGAGUCCAGUUCGAAUAAACUCGGCGACAUUUACACUUUGGUGGCCAAAGGAUGCUUCCCGCAGUCGAUGAAUCCUUUAAAAAAGAAGAAUCUCAAACGAUACGCACAGAAAUUCAUCUUCGACGACGCCAAGCUCUAUUAUGUGGGGCCAAAGAAAGAAGAAAAGAGAGAGGUUAUCAUUGAGGCAGAGAGAAAGAGGCAGAUAUUUCUCGACUGUCACUUUAAUGACAUUGGACAUCAUUUGGGUCAGAAGAAGACCGUCCACAGAAUUCAAAGCAAGUACUACUGGCUGGGCAUCAUCAAGGAUGUGGUGGACUGGAUAAAAGUAUGUGAGACAUGUCAACAUACAGAGAGGAAUAAAAAUCUGUCGAGGACUGUCCGACCAAUCAAAGUUGAUGCACCAUGGGAUAUCAUUGGAAUUGACAUAAUAGGGCCUUUCCCGGAGACCCAGCAAUUGAAUACACAUGCUACUGUUCUCAUUGAUUACUUUAGCAAAUGGCCCGAGGCAUUUCCAGUGCAAAAGAUGGAUGCUGUCUCAGUUGCAAGGUGUAUUUCCAAAUGUAUGUCCAGGUUUGGUGCGCCUAAAACCAUAGUGUGCACACAGAGCCCAGACUUCUGUGAUGAGGUUACAGAUCUUUUGAGCAGCAGAUGGGGUAUCGUGCAGAAAGUUUCUCCUCUAGCACAGCCUCAACUUAACCCGCUACACGAUUGCACCAGUCCGUUGUUGAAGGAGGCCAUAAUGCAGAUGGUGAUGGAAAAACAGGCAGAGUGGGAUGACUUCCUGGACCCCGUGCUGUUUCUCUUCAGAACAUCUAUAAACCCCACAACCAAAUUCACUCCUUAUUCUCUCAUGUUCAACCGGAAAGCUAACACUCUAAACCAGGCUACACUUGGUCCACUUGGAUAUGAUGAUCAUGAGCAGGACAUGUAUUCUGUCAAAGAUAAGGGUUCCACAUACAUGACUAUAAUGCAAGAACAGCAGAACACUGUUAAGCAGCUGGUGAUAGCCAACAUGAAAGCGGCCUACAAACAGGAGAAGAAGAACCUAAAAAGAAAGGCACACAACAACCCUGCAAGGACUUUAAAAACAUCAGAGCCACUGUUUUGCACUGGAGGUCCUCCUUCCUCGAAAAAACUGAAAGAAGAGGCAUUAUAUCUGUCUUUCCCAGUGGAGACGGUGCUGGCCACCCAGCAAAGUAGCUCUGAAGUUAUAAAAAAUGAAUUAACGUAUCACUUGGCUGAGUCUGAUGUCCACUGAGAAUUUUGGACUCAGUGGAAUGUUCAUCUCACAAGGAGACUGCAUGUGACAUAUCUGAGGUUUUGAACGGAAAAUGAAAUCCAGAUAGUGCUAUAUAAAGAGUGCAGUGUUUUUAGCUAUCACAGUCAGUUUAACACUCACUUAAGUGUCUCUGACAUUGACAUCAAUUGUCCUUUGUCUGAGCCCAAGAUCAAAUAUAGAUAUUUUCUAAGAAAAUGUUAAAUUAUUUCAGUCGA